UUCCUUUGGCCCAAAAGUGUUUAUAACAAAAACACUUAAGGUUUGGUCCAAACAGGCCUUAACGGUUUCAUAGGGUUUAUCAUCAUUUCCCGUAAAUCGUAAUCAGAAUUCACCAUUCUCUCUUCUUCUCGCAGCCGUAGUUUUUGAUCUUUCUCUUCAUUCCCUCUCCCGAUGGCCACGUCCGCCGUCCUCUCCGGUGCCAGAUCGAUGCUUCGAGCUGCUUCGUCACGUAGCGCCGCUGCUUCCACUGGCCGCUUCGCCUCUCAAGCGAAAUCAGCCCCACCGCUGUUUAGAGCUACUGCCAGAAGAAGCCCACUACUUUCACCUCUCCGAAAUCCUGUGGAACUGAGCUUCUGUGUGGAGUCAUUGUUACCAUACCACACGGCUACAGCUUCAGCGCUAAUGACUUCAAUGCUUUCUAUCUCUGGCCAAAGCUUUGGCUGGCUCUCUGACGCUUGCAAUGAUGAUGUGUGAUGAGUUAACCAGAGGAACAGUGAAGCUACAGUUUAUCUUGCAAAGAGGACUUUUGAUGAUGUCUACGCGUACCCAAUGCGAUUGCGAGAGAAGGUUUAAGAGUAUUUAGGCAAAGAAUAAUUGUUGUACUGCUCAAACACAAAUCAUAUCUUUGUCUUCAGUUUACAUAUCAAAGACAAAUGUCCUCCAUCUUUUAAAUCAAAUCUAUAUGAUCUUUGUUACAUCAACA